AUGGCUGACAUUAUUGGCAUUAGUCCUUCCAUGCGCAUGCACCGCAUUCUACUUGAAGAAGGAGCUAAACAAGUGAGACAGCCCCAAAGGCGUUUGAACCCACUAAUUCUAGAUGUGGUGAAGAAGGAAGUAACAAAACUCUUGCAAGCUGGAAUGAUUUACCCCAUCUCUGAUAGCCAGCGGAUGUUGGAGCGGUUGGCUGGUAAAUCCCACUACUGUUUUUUGGAUGGGUACUCAGGCUACUUCCAGAUCCACAUUGCACUUGAGGAUCAGGAGAAGACGACCUUCACAUGCCCCUUUGGCACAUAUGCAUACAUGCGAAUGCCCUUUGGACUUUGCAACGCACCAGGUACUUUUCAGCGUUGCAUGGUAAGCAUCUUUGCUGAGUUGUUAGAGGAUUGCAUGGAGGUUUUUAUGGAUGAUUUCAGUUUCUAUGGUUCUUUUUUUGAUGCAUGUUUGGGUAAUCUGGGUAGAGUUCUGAACAAAUGCAUUCAAACCAAUCUUGUGUUGAAUUUUGAAAAAUGUCAUUUCAUGGUUGAGUCAGUGAUAGUUUUAGGGCAUGUUGUUUCUAAAAAGGGUAUUGAAGUGGAUCCUGCUAAAAUUGAUGUUAUUACUGCUUUGCCUUACCCCGCUUCUGUGCGGGAAAUUCGUUCUUUUCUUGGCCAUGCAGCUUUUGAUCACCUGAAGCGCUGCCUAACCAUAGCUCCUGUGAUCUGGGCACCUGAUUGGUCUCUCCCAUUUGAGUUGAUGUGCGAUGCAUCUAAUUAUGCUGUUGGAGCUGUUCUUGCUCAGCGGGUCAACAAGGCCCCACAUGUCAUUGCAUAUGCAUCCAGGACAUUGGAUUCUGCUCAAUCCAACUAUACCACCACUGAAAAAGAACUCUUGGCUAUAGUGUUUGCUCUUGAAAAGUUUCGGUCGUAUCUGUUAGAUACUAAGCUUUUACAGCUGCAAGGUAAGUUCCCUUGGUUUGCUGAUAUAGUUAAUUACUUGGUUGCUAGUGCAUUACCUGUUGACUCUACUAAGGCUCAGACCUUGAAACUGAAAAGUGAGUCUAAAUACUAUGUGUGGGAUGAUCCUUACUUGUGGAGAUUUUGUAGUGACCAAGUGGUUAGGAGAUGUGUGCCUGACAGUGACACUCUAUCUGUUUUAAAUUUUUGUCAUGCAUCUCCCUGUGGUGGUCAUUUUGGACCACAAAGAACUGCAAGGAAGGUUCUAGAUUCUGGUUUAUUCUGGCCUUCUCUAUUUCAUGAUGCUUAUGAGUUUUGUAAGUCUUGCGCUAAUUGUCAGAGAGCAGCUAGCAUUUUCCGUAGACAUGAGAUACCCCAAAACCCUAUACUUUUCUGUGAGGUUUUUGAUGUUUGGGGUAUUGAUUUUAUGGGUCCCUUUCUUGUUUCCUUUGGUUUUGCUUACAUACUCUUAGCUGUGGAUUAUGUUUCUAAGUGGAUUGAGGCGAAAGCCACCCGAACUGAUGAUUCUGCUGUUGUUGUAGAUUUUGUUCGUUCUCAUAUUUUCUGUAGGUUUGGCAUUCCUCGAGCCAUUAUCAGUGAUCAGGGCUCACAUUUUUGCAAUAGGAGCAUGGAUGCCUUGCUGAAAAAAUAUGGAGUCCUCCACAAAGUAUCUACAGCAUACCAUCCACAGACAAAUGGCCAAGCUGAAGUUUCAAACAGAGAAGUUAAGCAAAUCCUUCAGAAGACUGUCAAUGCUAAUAGAAAGGAUUGGAGCAAGAAGUUAGAAGAUGCUUUGUGGGCAUACAGGACUGCCUAUAAGACUCCGAUUGGGAUGUCCCCUUACCAGCUUGUUUAUGGUAAGGCAUGCCACCUACCAGUGGAGUUGGAGCAUCGGGCAUAUUGGGCUGUGAAGCAGUGUAACAUGGACCUAAUCCAGUCAGGGGGAGAAAGGAAAUUACAACUGCAAGAGUUAGAAGAGCUUCGUUUGGAUGCUUAUGAGAGCUCACGCCUAUACAAGGAAAAGACAAAGGAAUUUCAUGAUAAGCAGAUCCUGAGGAAAGAAUUUGCAGUGGGCCAGAAUGUGCUGUUAUUCAAUUCCCGUCUUAAGUUUAUGCCUGGUAAACUCAGAUCAAGAUGGGAUGGCCCCUUUAUUAUUACUGCUAUUUUUCCUUAUGGUGUAGUUGAAUUAAGUGAUAAGCAGACUGGAAACACCUUCACUGUGAAUGGGCAUCGUCUGAAGCCCUUUUAUGAAGGAGUACAGCGGCAGCAGCUUGUAGAGACAUAG